ACAUCUGUCAUGUCGUAUAUAUUUAUCCGCUGGCCACUAUCGCGACAGGCAGAGUUUAUAAUUGUUAAUUUUUUAGCUCUAACAAUGUUCUCGUUCCACUUUUCGAUAAUAUUCUAUGAUAUAUAAUUUCCGCGUUUUGUGCUGUGAUCGUUACGUCGACGGUGAAGUGAAACAAAGGCUGUGCUAAUCGUUGAUAGUUCGUAUGAUGUCACAACUAUAUCGCGUGAAUCCUUGAAAAUAUGAGUGUUAGUGUUGAAGCGGACGCGUCCAGCCCUCUGUCGGAGGGUCAGAGCGCGGGGUUGGAUCAUACUGGGUCGAAGUCAUCAUCAGAUAGUCCAAGUCUCGAUACGACGACCGAGAAUGGUGAGGCAGGUCAGGGCGCCGAGAAAUCCGAGCCGAGCACGCCCAAGCCUCACCCCAUGGCCUUCACGAUCGACUUCGGGGCUUCCAAGCCAGUUGAUAAUCGCAGGCUAGAGGAACUGGCGAAGAAAUCGCAGGCACGACACCAGAGGGUGCAGUCCAUGUCAGCUGGCUUGACACGACCCAGCCCUACGGCUCAGAAGCCUCCCAUGAGCGCUAAGCUGCCUCGGAAAGCCCAAGGAUACAACUCUGAGGGCUACUUCUCCUCAGACCAGGAAGACAGCUGUUUGUCUGGUUCAGUAAAGCUCCGGAGUAGUCCAUUAGCCCAAGAUAAAGCCCAAUUCAUCACCAGUCCCAUUACAAACAGACAUAUCAAGUCGCCCAUCCAUGAUAUUCAGCCUAAGAAAACGUCCAAAAGUCCUAUAGUUGAUAGUAUCAUGUCCAGGAGUGACAACUUCACGUCCCGACAAGGUUUGAAUCUGCCAUUGAAAAAUGCAAACAGUUCCUACUUGAGAGACGUCCAUAGAACACCAAGUUAUGGUACCUUGAAUCUAUCUUCUAGUUAUCAGCGGACUAUGCCAAAUAUAAUAGACCAGAGUCCUGAAGGCGUGUUGUUAACUGAUAUUUCUAGUCCAGAGUUAGAUAUUUUGACCCCGGAUAAUGGAUUGUCAACUCCAGAGAAGAGUCCACUACGCAAAGUCCGAGCCCAGUCUGAAACGCCAGAUUUGUUGUUUAAGAAAUGUAAUCCUAAAGUUGAGCCUUUAUAUAUUGAUGAUGAGGUUGACGGUCAUUCAAAUUCUUCUACCGGUACAUACACUAUUGAAGGAGAUAAUUAUACAGAGGAACAGAAAGCUAGAAUGAGCAUAGACAGGACUUUUGGAAGCUCAAUGAAUGAUACGAUUGAGGAAAUCUUCAGGCCGAGUAGCGAAAGAGACCCAGAGCUAGUAUUUGACUAUCCAAACAGGGUAAUAACGAAAGAACCUAGAAGAGAUUCCUUGCGAAGUCCAAAUCUAAAUGAAACUUUCGAAUUCCCGAAAGCCUCUAAAGAUAAAAACGUUCUAGAAAUCUCAUGUUGCUACGAAUCGCCUUCAGAUACCGAUUUGGCCGCACAAACUUCCAAACAGAUCAAAUCUACUCGUAGUUACUUAGAGAAAAUCAAGAAUCGGGUCCGAACAAUAACAGAGAAGACUUUUGCUAAGUCGCCUCCGAAGCAUGGUGAUGACGGGGAUGUUGGUAGCUUCACCUCAGUCACUACCUCAGGUGUUUUAAGCUCUAAAUAUCCAGCGAAACUAGAAAUCCCUGUCCGUAGACGUUGUAGCCUAACCAAAUCCGAGAUAGAUCAAACGGACUACAUCCACCGAUUGUCCAGAGAAUCCUCAGUACCAGUUUCUUUGCCAACCAACAAGCCUCUAGAAGCCAAAUUUGAGAGCACUGCCCUUAAAAACGCUCAAAAAGCUGUAAGGGAUGACCAAAUGUCUGACCAAGUAGUGGGACUGUCCUAUUUAAGCUUGAACAGAUGCAAGGGUGACAAGACGUGGAUACAGGACUGGGCGGAGAGUGUUAAGAAUUACAAUAACCACACGUUGGGGAGGAAGGAGGACUUGAAUGGGACUUUUACUGUGGACGACGUGCGGCCGCCUAUCAGCCCGCGACACGUUAAACCCCGCAGCCCGCAUGGCAGUGCGACCAAGAUCCCCAGCCCUGUGGGGACCUUACUGCGCAGGCAUACACCGGAUCUCAUCCCCGUCCAAGAUACCGAGACGUACCUCCUCAAAACGCAAAACGCCAUCACCAACCUACAGGCCAAGCUCAACUCUCGCCCAUCCAUCCCCCCCCUACUCACCUCAAGCCUCAUCAGCGAGAAGACCGCCAUCUCCCGGCUUCCAGUCUCGCAACUAAGCCGCUCCAACUCACUCAACUACAGGCUAAGAAGAAAAGAUACUUCAGGGGAUAGCAGUCCUUUGAGAAGUCCAGGAAACUAUGUCAUUACUGGCUCAGCCAAAAUUCCAGAAAGCACAAAGAUUUUACUCAACAGCGCCUCAAGAUCUUUAGACACGGAUAAACGAAAACGAGAUUCCAACAUGAACAGUCCGUCUUCAGAAAGAGGUUUAUUAAGCAACAGUUCCGAUGAUAAAACUUUAUCCAAUCGUCCGCAAUACGACGUCGACGCGAUUCUUUCGCCGCAUAGAAAACACGUUAGGAACAAGUCUUUAGACGUACCGGAUUACUGUAACACUGAUAACAGCAACGCAAAUCUAGUUUGUCUCAAGACGGUACUGAAGAACAAUGCUGAGGCAUAUCCGAGGAUCGAUACCCGUUACCAGGGCGACAAGAAACAUCAGAGGGUAGCCAGCGAUGGGAAAAAACCUGGCUAUACUAACUACGCUCCGUUCGGCUCCUCGAUAAAACGAUCAAGCUCAUUCAACACUGUUAAUAGGAAUAACAACUAUUUGGAUCCGCAGAGGAUAACCUCUCGAAGAUCGAGCGGACAUUCAGAGGAAUACAAAGACUAUCUAUCCGAUGAGUCUGACAACGGAUCUUACGAGAAAUCCCAAGAUAGGUAUAAACGCACGCAUCGCGGUAGAAUCGAUUCUCCUGACCUAAAAUCGAUCGCACCAGCUAACUCACCAAAAUGUCCAAAUACUCCAGAGAUGCAUAGAAAAUUCGGACCGGGAUUGGUUAGAAGUUCAGUUCGAGUGACGAAUAAGGAACGAAUGAGGGCGUCAGAGCCGAGAGAGGUGCAGAAGCCAGUCGGUCAUCAGAGUAGGAGGAUAUCAGAGCCGACGAGACAGGCGGUGCUGAACAGGCUUACGAAGUCUAGGAGUUCGACUAGAGAGUUCCAGCCUAAAGCUCAAGAUAAAGGUCAAAAGAAACCCAGCCAAUACCGUUCAUCGUCCGCGCUCGCCUCCAAAGAGGCAGAGUUCAACAAUUGGAAGAAACGAUCGUCUUACGACCCCAUGAAAGCGGCUCAGGAGGGAAGGAGAAAGCAGAUGGCCAAGAGGCAGGAGUGCAACAAGGACGACCUUAGUUCUCCCAGCCACUCAUCGCCAGUCCACCGCUCGCAAUCCUUCCACACCACCAACAUAGCGGACCUUGAGACCCUCGACUACUCAUCCGAAGAGGACCCCAUGACCCUGCCCAUAGACCCCAUGGUCACCUCCACACACUCGGACAUCCUGGACCUCAGGCCGAAGGAAUACCGUGACUUGAGAAGACAGGCGGUCAAUAACGAUGUGGUCAUGACGAGGGAUUACGUCACUAAUUUCCAGGUCAACCAACCAGCAGAAAAGCUCAAACGCAGCGUACACACAGACAAACGGAAAACCUUCAUCUUAGACGACAUAACGCCGACCAAAGAGAACAUAGAUUUCCUCUCCAAAGCCGAGGCCAUAGACAAGAGAAAAACUUUUAUCCUAGACAGCGAUACGUCAACAACCAAUGGCAGUAGUCCGAGGAAUUCGUCCAUAUUUAGCCAUGAGAAGAGUAUGACGACAGGGACAAGUGAUACGGAGGGAGAGAGCGGGACGGAGGAUAGGAGCGCUCCUGUUGUGAUGAGACAGGGGAAGAAACCGGCGGCACAGACAAAGCAACAGAGGUACAGCGGCGAUUUCUCAAUGUCCUCUUCAACCACCUCCCUGAAAAAGCCCAAGCCCGUGGCCCCGCGCUACCUGGACAUCUCCAAGUACAAGAGCGAGAGCUCCCCGAAGAACUUCCUGCGCCGCGACCCGAGCAAGACGUAUGUGGCCGUGUUACCUGAGCGCCCGCAGCGAGGGAGCGCGCAGCAAAUUGAGAUGGAACAAAAGAAACAAGAAUUAGAAAAGUGGAAACGACGGGCAUCAUACGACCCGCGCAAAGCCGCGGCACUAGGCAAGUCACCCGGCACCAAAGCCCCGCCCAAAACCGCCAGCAGCGUCCUGCGAUCUCAGUCGUUCCACGGGCCCGUGCUGACGGCGGGCCGCUACCAGCCGCCGCCGCACAUCGCGGAGACAUACGACGCGUCCAGCGACAACGACUUCUAACCAAACGGCAUAAAGGCUCAUUUCCUUUGAACGUUGCUACUGGCAUGCAUUUCCAACUUGCCAGCGGCACUGGCGCCAGUCGCUUGAACGGUGUAAACGAGCCUUCAGUUAGGAGCUAUGUGAUAGUGUGAGUGUAUUUUGAAAUUCGAAUGUUUGAUUGCGUGGUUUUUGGCGCGAAACGUUUAUUAUGCAAUUUUUUUUUAUUAGUCGUAGAACGUAUUUUCCAAAGUGCGGUAGCCAUUUUGAAAACCUCUGGCGCCAAAUUCAAUCGUGAUUUUUAUUUGAGAUUUUUUUGCGUAGAAUACAUAUAAUGAUGCGCAAUCAUAUUAUACAAGUCAUUUAUAUUUUAUUUGACGAUUAUUUAAGUUUAAGCUGGGGGUUGAGGCAAUUUUGUUUAUUUAUAGAUUUACAAAUUGAAUUGAUAUAGGCUUAUUUAAAAUUGGUAUUGAUAAUGGAAUUAUUUGAACCAUUUGGUACUACACUAUGGAAAUAUAUUAAAUACAAUGAUUUAAUUGAGUAUAAAAUUAAUUAAUUGAU